AUGUCGUGUGUCAAAAUCUGAAAAUAUCUCGAAAGAAGAGCUAAAUCUAAGCUCGAUCUCUGUCUCUUGUAGAGGAAAGGAGGAAGAGGAGAUGUCAGGGAAAGGAGCCAAGGGAUUGAUAACGGGAAAAACCCCAGCUCAAAGCAAAGAUAAAGAUAAGAAGAAACCCAUCUCUCGUUCUUCUCGCGCUGGCCUUCAGUUCCCUGUUGGACGUAUCCAUCGUCUCCUGAAAUCUAGGGUAACCGCACAUGGAAGGGUUGGUGCAACAGCAGCCGUGUACUCUGCUGCUAUCCUGGAGUACCUCACAGCAGAAGUGUUGGAGCUAGCUGGUAAUGCAAGCAAGGAUUUGAAGGUGAAACGUAUAACACCCAGGCAUUUGCAGCUAGCAAUUCGUGGUGACGAAGAACUUGACACCCUCAUCAAAGGAACAAUAGCUGGAGGUGGUGUUAUCCCACACAUUCACAAGUCUCUAAUCAACAAGUCAUCCAAAGAGUAAAACUGUCGCAGUCCAUAUUUGUUAUUAACUAAAUCAUGGGAUUGAUUGAUGUACAUUUGCUAGUAGAUUUUUGGUGGAUACUUGACUCUUCUCUUCUGGUUGGUAGCUAGUCUCUUUUUAAGUGGUUUGUAAGUUGUAACCAAUGAAUCAUCUCGCCGGUAAAUUAUUUUCAUGUUCUUUCAUCUGGCAAUGCUCUGGAAUGCACAUAAAUUUGCCAGGAUAUGUAUUUGUUUAGUAUUUGUACAUUCAUUUUAAUGUCUUGUUAUGCUCUUCGUGUCAA